AUGAAACAAACAUCUGUCUUUGCGCAGAACCGUCUUGCACCGUUCUCGCACCACAUCAAGAUUGAAUGCGCGAGCAUUACCUCUGGUUAUAUUCCACCUCGCGCUGAGCCUGUUCCGGGCCCAUUGUCGCGCGCCAAAAUGCCGUCGUUUGCCGAGAUUGCGUCGUUGUUGGAUGCGUCGUCGAUAUUCUUGUUUCUCGUCACACUCGUCGUCUUUUCCAUACCCGUCUUCAUCAUCUUCCCGCCCAUCCCGGUGGAGAGGUCCGAUGCACUCGGGCAGACGCACUCCAAGGUCGGGAUCCCACAAAGGGAGAGCAACCUGCGCGACCAAUACCAAACGGCGCAGACACGCUCCCACGGAGCCAACGGCCACGCCGCGACGUCUCAACCAACGCCCAAGAUCCACAGCCUGCACAUUUACCCGCUCAAGUCAUGCCGCGGCAUCGAGCUGACCGAGGCCACGGUGCUGCCCACAGGCCUGGAGCACGACCGUGUAUUCUGCCUCGCCCAGCGGAAAACCAGGAAGCGGACCGGACGUGAUGCCGCGCCUCCCGAGCCUGCCGCCUCGCUCGCAGACACCGUCGACUACUGGGAGGUGCUGACGCUGCGGCAGAUGGCGCCCAUGGUUGGCAUCAAAGUCGACCUGUGGCUGCCCGACAGCUCCAAACACAGCCGCCAACUCGGACCCAUGACGGCCGACGACGGCACCGGCCACAGCGACAGCUUCCUCGUCGUGCGCUUUCCCUGGCGCAGCGCAGGCGUCAAGGGAUUCGUCGAGACGGUGGCGGCCAAGCUGAGCCGAGGGCUAUCCGCCACUCCCGAGCGCGAGUUUAUGCUUUCCAUGGGCUUUCCGUCCGACCGUGAGGUAAAGGCCCGCGGCUACUCCCACGCUGAGGUGACACACUUUCGGAAUGUGAUACCGGCCCUCAACAUGGGGGCCGAGUUACCCACAGAGCUUGCUCUAUACCUCGGACUCGAACCCGGCCAACUGGCCGUCUUUCGCCUGGAUCCUGACCACCGUCGGCAAGUUUUUGACUGCGCGCCAACUCGCGAGGUGGCCGGCUACCAGCCUGAAAUUGACUUUCAGGAUGCAUACCCGCUACACUUGCUCAAUCUCAGCAGCGUUCGAGCUUUGGAAUCAAAGAUUCGCCGGGAUGCAGACAUUGAUCGACUGGAUUGCCGCCGGUUCAGGCCCAACAUUGUCGUUUCUGGCCUCCCAGAGUACGAUGAGGAUGACUGGAAGUCUAUCCGGUUCAAAGCGGCGAGUCGCAAGGACACAGAUGCUCUCUUUGAUGUCUCUUGUCGAACUGUUAGGCAAGUUAUUCCUUUACAUGACUUGGAAAAAAAGAACACAUGCUACGCUCCCCAACGGGAAUAUCUGUCCAUGCAGCUAAUCUAUCGUCUUGCGCUGCAGAUGCAAAUUACCCAAUGUCGACCCAGCUACUGGGAGAUCGAUGCCGGUGCUCCGAAGAAGGGCUGCAUGGGCAUGCAAAUGUGCCCGCUCUUCUCGACUGACGGCGUGCAAGAUGACCUGCAAUCCACGAUCCGAGUUGGCAUGGAGAUUGCCGUUCUCAAGCGAGGGACGCAUCGUGCCUUGUGA